CCACCCCAGACCCUAUAAGGCCUGGGAGCUGAGAGCCCAGCUGCCGGCUGCACCGCCUGUCACUCCAAGGGACCCCCACACGGUCCAGCUGCCUAGAGGGUUACCAUGUCUGCUCGAGAUGGAGGCCAGGAUCCCCCCAAACCCAAGGGCAAGACCCUGGGCAGCUUCUUUGGGUCCCUGCCUGGCUUCAAUGCUGCCCGGAACCUGGUGGCCAACGCCCACAGCUCAGCAAGAGAGGCCCGGCCAGCUGCCGAGCCUGCAGGUGCUCCAGCCGAGGAGGCCGCCCAGCCCCAGGCUCAGGCGCCCGCUGACCCGGAGCAGACGGCCAGGGGGUUAGAGAAGACGCUGCUGCCUUCAGACAAGAUGAUCUCCGGGGCAAAGGACCUGGUAUCCUCCCAGAUGGCCAGGACCAAGGAUGCUCUCUCCACAGGGAUGGCUAGUAUCGUGGACACGGCUAAAGGUGUGGUCCAGGGAGGCCUAGGGAUGACCCAAUCCACGCUGACAGUCACCAAGGAUGCUGUGGCCAGUGGGGCAACUGGGGCAGUGGAUGUGGCCAAAGGAGCCCUACAGACUGGUAUAGACACCGCCAAGACAGUAGUAACAGGCACCAAAGAUGUAGUGUCCACUGGGCUCACUGGAGCAGUGAACAUGGCCAAGGGCACAGUCCAGACUGGCAUGGAUACCACCAAGACCGUCCUGACUGGCACCAAAGACACCAUGUCCACUGGGCUCACUGGGGCCAUGGGUGUGGCCAAAGGGGUUGUCCAGACUGGCAUGGACACCACCAAGACAGUCCUGACUGGCACCAAAGACACCGUGUCCACUGGGCUCACUGGGGCCAUGGGUGUGGCCAAGGGGGUUGGCCAGACUGGCAUGGACACCACCAAGACUGUCCUGACUGGCACCAAAGACACCGUGUCCACUGGGCUCACUGCUGCAGUCAACAUGGCCAAGGGCACAGUCCAGACUGGCAUGGACACCACCAAGACUGUCUUGACUGGCACCAAAGACACCAUGUCCACUGGGCUCACUGGGGCCAUGGGUGUGGCCAAGGGGGCUGUCCAGACUGGCAUGGACACCACCAAGACCGUCCUGACUGGCACCAAAGACACCAUGUCCACUGGGCUCACUGGGGCCAUGGGUGUGGCCAAGGGGGCUGUCCAGACUGGCAUGGACACCACCAAGACCGUCCUGACUGGCACCAAAGACACCGUGUCCACUGGGCUCACUGGGGCCAUGGGUGUGGCCAAAGGGGUUGUCCAGACUGGCAUGGACACCACCAAGACCGUCCUGACUGGCACCAAAGACACCGUGUCCACUGGGCUCACUGCUGCAGUCAACAUGGCCAAGGGCACAGUCCAGCCUGGCAUGGACACCACCAAGACCGUCCUGACUGGCACCAAAGACACCGUGUCUACUGGGCUCACUGCUGCAGUGAACAUGGCCAAGGGCACAGUCCAGACUGGCAUGGACACCACCAAGACCGUCCUGACUGGCACCAAAGACACCAUGUCCACUGGGCUCACUGGGGCCAUGGGUGUGGCCAAGGGGGCUGUCCAGACUGGCAUGGACACCACCAAGACCGUCCUGACUGGCACCAAAGACACCGUGUCCACUGGGCUCACUGGGGCCAUGGGUGUGGCCAAAGGGGUUGUCCAGACUGGCAUGGACACCACCAAGACCGUCCUGACUGGCACCAAAGACACCGUGUCCACUGGGCUCACUGCUGCAGUCAACAUGGCCAAGGGCACAGUCCAGCCUGGCAUGGACACCACCAAGACCGUCCUGACUGGCACCAAAGACACCGUGUCUACUGGGCUCACUGCUGCAGUGAACAUGGCCAAGGGCACAGUCCAGACUGGCAUGGACACCACCAAGACCGUCCUGACUGGCACCAAAGACACCAUGUCCACUGGGCUCACUGGGGCCAUGGGUGUGGCCAAGGGGGCUGUCCAGACUGGCAUGGACACCACCAAGACCGUCCUGACUGGCACCAAAGACACCAUGUCCACUGGGCUCACUGGGGCCAUGGGUGUGGCCAAGGGGGCUGUUCAGACUGGCAUGGACACCACCAAGACCGUCCUGACUGGCACCAAAGACACUGUGUCCACUGGGCUCACUGGGGCCAUGGGUGUGGCCAAAGGGGUUGUCCAGACUGGCAUGGACACCACCAAGACCGUCCUGACUGGCACCAAAGACACCGUGUCCACUGGGCUCACUGCUGCAGUCAACAUGGCCAAGGGCACAGUCCAGACUGGCAUGGACACCACCAAGACUGUCCUGACUGGCACCAAAGACACCAUGUCCACUGGGCUCACUGGGGCCAUGGGUGUGGCCAAGGGGGCUGUCCAGACUGGCAUGGACACCACCAAGACCGUCCUGACUGGCACCAAAGACACCGUGUCCACUGGGCUCACUGGAGCCAUGGGUGUGGCCAAGAGCACAGUCCAGACUGGCAUGGACACCACCAAGACUGUCCUGACUGGCACCAAAGACACCGUGUCCACUGGGCUCACUGCUGCAGUCAACAUGGCCAAGGGCACAGUCCAGACUGGCAUGGACACCACCAAGACCGUCCUGACUGGCACCAAAGACACCGUGUCCACUGGGCUCACUGCUGCAGUGAACAUGGCCAAGGGCACAGUCCAGACUGGCAUGGACACCACCAAAACUGUCUUGACUGGCACCAAAGACACCAUGUCCACUGGGCUCACUGGGGCCAUGGGUGUGGCCAAGGGGGCUGUCCAGACUGGCAUGGACACCACCAAGACAGUCCUGACUGGCACCAAAGACACCGUGUCUACUGGGCUCACUGCUGCAGUGAACAUGGCCAAGGGCACAGUCCAGACUGGCAUGGACACCACCAAGACCGUCCUGACUGGCACCAAAGACACCGUGUCUACUGGGCUCACUGCUGCAGUGAACAUGGCCAAGGGCACAGUCCAGACUGGCAUGGACACCACCAAGACCGUCCUGACUGGCACCAAAGACACCAUGUCCACUGGGCUCACUGGGGCCAUGGGUGUGGCCAAGGGGGCUGUCCAGACUGGCAUGGACACCACCAAGACCGUCCUGACUGGCACCAAAGACACCGUGUCUACUGGGCUCACUGGAGCAGUGAGCAUGGCCAAAGGCACAGUCCAGACUGGCAUGGACACCACCAAGACCGUCCUGACUGGCACCAAAGACACCGUGUCCACUGGGCUCACUGGAGCCAUGGGUGUGGCCAAGAGCACAGUCCAGACUGGCAUGGACACCACCAAGACUGUCCUGACUGGCACCAAAGACACCGUGUCCACUGGGCUCACUGCUGCAGUCAACAUGGCCAAGGGCACAGUCCAGACUGGCAUGGACACCACCAAGACCGUCCUGACUGGCACCAAAGACACCGUGUCCACUGGGCUCACUGCUGCAGUGAACAUGGCCAAGGGCACAGUCCAGACUGGCAUGGACACCACCAAAACUGUCUUGACUGGCACCAAAGACACCAUGUCCACUGGGCUCACUGGGGCCAUGGGUGUGGCCAAGGGGGCUGUCCAGACUGGCAUGGACACCACCAAGACAGUCCUGACUGGCACCAAAGACACCGUGUCUACUGGGCUCACUGCUGCAGUGAACAUGGCCAAGGGCACAGUCCAGACUGGCAUGGACACCACCAAGACCGUCCUGACUGGCACCAAAGACACCGUGUCUACUGGGCUCACUGCUGCAGUGAACAUGGCCAAGGGCACAGUCCAGACUGGCAUGGACACCACCAAGACCGUCCUGACUGGCACCAAAGACACCAUGUCCACUGGGCUCACUGGGGCCAUGGGUGUGGCCAAGGGGGCUGUCCAGACUGGCAUGGACACCACCAAGACCGUCCUGACUGGCACCAAAGACACCGUGUCUACUGGGCUCACUGGAGCAGUGAGCAUGGCCAAAGGCACAGUCCAGACUGGCAUGGACACCACCAAGACUGUCUUGACUGGCACCAAAGACACUGUGUCCACUGGGCUCACUGGGGCCAUGGGUGUGGCCAAGGGGGCUGUCCAGACUGGCAUGGACACCACCAAGACUGUCCUGACUGGCACCAAAGAUGUUCUGUCUACUUCAAUAACUGGGGCAAUGGGAGUGGCCAAGGGGGCUGUUCAAGUUGGCAUGGACACCACCAAGUCCGUCUUGACUGGCACCAAAGAUGUUCUGUCUACUUCAAUAACUGGGGCCAUGGGUGUGGCCAAGGGGGCUGUUCAGGUUGGCAUGGACACCACCAAGUCCGUCUUGACUGGCACCAAAGAUGUUCUGUCUACUUCAAUAACUGGGGCCAUGGGUGUGGCCAAGGAGGCAGUCCAGAUUGGCGUGGACACCACCAAGUCCAUCUUGACUGGCACCAAAGAUGUUCUAUCUACUUCAAUCACUGGAGCAAUGGAUGUGGGCAAGGAGGCCAUCCAGACUGGCAUGGACACUACUACGACCAUCUUGACUGGCACCAAAGGUGCCAUGUCCUCUGGACUCAGCAGUGUAGGGCAUGUGGCCCAAGAAGGUAUGCACACUGGGGUGGGGAUCACCCCAAACCUGUUACCUGAUUCCAAGGCUGCCACCUCAGUUGGACUUGCCCGUUCCAGGGCCCCAGAUGAAGAACAAACCAUCACAAGCCCCACUCAGGCUCAGCACAGCGACCACGGACCUCUGUCAACUGAGGCCAUGUUCAGCCAAGACGCCACCCUGGGCAAGGUGGAUGCUGCUCCCGGGGCCACCACUCAUGGCCAGGAAGGAGCCCAGGGCUUUGGAGCGCUCCGGGACAAGCUGGAGGAGCUGGGAGAGAUCUUCCAGCCCAUGAGCGCCGAGGAACAAGCUCAGCUGGCUGCUACCCAGCCCAGGCGGAGGGAGAUCACGGCCGACCAAGGCAGCUACUUCGUGCGUCUGGGUGACGUGGCCCCCGGCUUCCGCCAGCGGGCUUUCGAGCAUGCCCUCAGCCACCUGCAGCACAGCGAGUUCCAGGCACGGGAUGCGCUGGCCCAGCUUGAGGAUGCCUUCAGGGAGAUCGAGGAGGCCCAGCAGGCUCCAGUCAGGGGUGUGAGCAGCCAAGCAAAGGAAGCCGCUGCUGGGGAGGUGCCGGCCACUGGGGCUCUGUCCAGGGCCUGCGACCUCGUCCAGCAGCUCCAUGUGGCCUACAGCCGCCUGGCCUCCGGCCUCCAGGGCCUCCCCACGGAGCUUCAGUGGCAGCUCCAGCAGGCGCGGCACAGCAUCUGUGAGCUCUAUGGCAUGGUCUCCUCGGCCACCACAGUGGCAGAGCUGCCAGUCAAGCGGCUGGCUGAGAGCCGCCAGGGUGUGGGCCAGGCGUGGCGGGGCCUGGAGCAGGUGCUGCGGAGCGUGCAGCAAGGCCCUCCGCUUGGCUGGCUGGUGGGGCCCUUCACCCUGCCCGCUGACGGGCAGCUGCUAUAGGAGCCCCUCCCCUGCCCAGAACCAGCUCCAAGCCCCCAAAGCUCUGGGUCCUGGAGUUCCACCACACCAUGCACCCGGCGCCAGGCCUGUCUGUACCGCCCACCUGCCUCCCUGAGCACGAGCUCGGCUGGUCCUUAUGGCUGAGGAACCCCAGGCAGCUAAGACCCCUGGUGGUGGGCGUUAGCCUGAAGAUCUCAAGCAAGCGCUCAAGAAAGGGUAUGGUGCCUGCCCAGAAAGUUCUCCACUCUGUAUCCCGACCAGGGCCAUUUUAUCUUUUAUAAACUCUGGGGGCCUUCCACCCCAGCCGGGGUCCUCUAGCCACCAGUUAGCAGGCAGCCCUGCUCCUCCGUCCUGGGUUCCAAGCAGCUCCGUCCUUGUUCUGAAAGCACACGUCCAGCAGCUAACAGCGCACACCCCCAAAUAUACCAGAAUGCCGUUGGCCCGGGGCAGGUGGGCUCCCACUGCCUCUGCUGACCCUGCCGCCUCCACUGACCUUUGGGGGAGGUCAAGGGGCUUUGUGAAGGCAAAGCUGAAGCAACUGCUGCAACUGAGGGCCAGAUGGUGCAGGUGGGGGGGGGGAGAGAGUACAUGUCCCCUCCUGAUGCACCCAAUGUUGACCCGCCAACAGCACCCCGGGUCACGGCUGAUCACAGGGGUCCAGAGCUGAUGGUCUGAGGCCCUGGGCCCAGAAGCUGCCGAUGAAGGAACAAAAGGAGGGACCCCAGGGAGCACAUGACAGAAGGUGCUCGAGGGACUUCCCUUGAGAUCCCACAGUUUAGGUCUCCAGGCUUUCACUGCUGAUGGUAUGGGUUCGACCCCUGGACAGGGAACUAAGACCCCACAAGCUACGUGGUGUGGCCAACCCCCCACCCACAGAACACAAACAUGUUUGACGUGUGUUCAGGUCCUGGUCACAUGCUCCAGGCUGGAGGCCAGGGGCUGGGUUGGCAGCCACUGGACAGGCUUCCUUUCCAGCCAUGCUUUCCUUGAGUCCUCAAGGCACCCUAGGAGGUGGGCUGCACACGGGAAGGUGGGGCCAUGGAGGUCCAGUCCCCCCGAUCCUGCUCCCCGGGGCCCAGGAGAUGCUGGGAGAGCUGCUGACUGCCAGUAGCCUAAGCCUCGUCAAGCGCCAGCUUUGCAGAGCCCAUCACACCCGCAUCCCCCCAGCUGGCCACCUCCCUGACAGAGGGCUUGAGAUGGCCCCUCUUCUCAGAAAUGAUCGAGUGCUCUGAGCCCCGGACGAAUGCGCCAGCUGUCCCCAGAGGAUCACCACGUCUUGGGGAGCUGGCUGAGGCAGGACACUGGGACCAGUCUGGGACCUUCCCCAAGCCUUUCUUGCCUUUUUGCCCAUCCCAUAUGGCCAUCAGAGGGGGUGACGCUGGAAACGGUGGUUCACAGAAUCUGAGUUCAGCAACAGUCUCAAGUCCAGUCAAACCACAGUGGGGGUGCCAGGCCCAGAGAGCAGAGCCAUGCUCUGGGCGCUAACCCACCAGGACAGAGAGGCUGGGCCACCAGCAGGACACACAACAGAGGUGACUGUUUAUAGACAACUGCCCUGUGUAGGUGCUUGGGUGGGCCACACAUACACAGGCACACCACACACACAGACCAACCACUAUCCCCUUCCCUGGUCUAGAGAAGCAUGCACACACACCACCUACCACCCAUUACCCCCUCCCCUGGUCUAGAGAAACACACACACACACAUACACACACACACCACCCACUAUCCCCUUCCCUGGUCUAGAGAUACACACACACACACACACACACACACACCACCCACUAUCCCCUUCCCUGGUCUAGAGACACGCACACACACACACACACACACACACCCCCUUCCCUGGUCUAGAGACACGCACACACACACACCAC